AUGACUGGUGUCCGCUUUCUUGAAGCUCUCGACGUUGCGCAAACGUCUUACGGUGCUCUCCUACUUUCUGCGCUAAGGAAGGCUGUUCCCAGCGACCUCAACCUUGAAUACGACCGGAAACACCUCGAUGGGGAAGAGGAUUUGACCUCGUAUUUAGAGUUCCUGAGAAUUGAAGUAACCAGUCAAGAGAGAGUUUACGACACGACCACAAAACCCGAAGGACGCAAGGGUUUGAUCGAGAAGCAGUGGCAGUGGCCACAGAAGACUCCUCCGACCGGGGCUGCAUUGACUGUUGCUGCAGAGACGACAAAAUGCAUAUUUUGUGAAUCCAACGAACACACUUUGGAGGAUUGUGACGCUCCAAUUUGGAUUCAAGAGAAGAAAGAGAAACUGAAAUCCCAAAUGCGAUGUUUUCGCUGCGGCCGACAGUAUCAUCGUUCGACGGAUUGUAGGAAUGUCAGCAGACUUCGAUGUCUAAAAUGCGGAAGACGCCAUCUCAACGUUAUGUGUGAUCCGAUAAACCAGCCUACUUCCGUGGAGUCUUCAGCCUUGGCUACGUCGGCAAGCUUAAGCACUGCAAGUUCUGCUGGUGUCACCAUACUGCUCCAAACCCUUCGAGCCUGGGCGGAAAGUGAGACCGAACGGCAAUUGGUUCGUGUGCUUCUUGAUGGCGGAAGCCAAAGAUCAUUUAUCAAGCAAUCACUCUCGAAGAAACUCAACUGUCAACCAGUAGGGGAGGAACGAAUAUCGCUGUACACCUUUGGAACGGAAUGCGCCAGGCAGAGGAAGUGUCGUCGGGUUCAGAUUUGGCUCCGAAGUCAGUACGAUAGAAGUGAGCUACCUAUAGAAGCAUUGGAAAUGCACGAUAUUUGUAACGACGUAAUGCAACUACCAAGCACGGAUUUGGUUUCCAACCUUCAUCGGGCCGGAAUGCGUGUGGGUGACCUCUCUGUUGGAAACGUUCAUUGUGAGCCUGGCAUCGGUAUACUUGUAGGCGCCGACUAUUACUGGCGGACCGUUACUGGCGAGAUACAGCACAUCAGCGAGGACCUGGUAGCGGCAAACACUGUUUUUGGAUGGACAGUACAGGGCCCAUCGUCUUCAAGUUCAACUACAAUAUGUACGAACGUAGGAGUCAUGCCGGUAAACGUCGAGUCUCAAGAAACGGAAUUAUGCAAUGAAUUACGAAAAUUUUGGGGCUUGGAACAUAUCGGGAUUCAGACGAACAGUAACCCGACGCAUCAGGACGCCGUGUUUCAAGCCUUCAAGUCGACCAUGAAGAACGUGAGCGGCAGAUAUCAGGUCGCACUGCCGUGGAAGACUGUGCACCCGUAUUUACCGUCAAACGAAGAAGUAGCAAGGAAGAGGCUCUUUUCUUUAACGAAACAAAUUACCAAGAAUGAACACAUGGCUGCCGAGUAUGACAAGGCGAUCAGACAGUAUUUAGAUGAUGGUCAUGCAGAAAAGGUUCUUCUCCCUCAUGAAGUGGAUGGGCCAACAUAUUACAUGCCCCACCAUGCCGUUGUCAAGCACGAAAGGGAAACCACCAAAAUGCGCAUCGUUUUCGAUGCCUCUUCCAGUGCUCCCGGUUGUCCCUCGUUGAACGACGUUUUGGAUUCUGGACCAAACCUUAAUCCUGACUUGCUGGCAGUACUAAUGAGGUUCUGA